AUGAAGCUCAUAAACAUUAUUCCCAUGCACCUGUUCCUGCAAAGCACACACGCUACAUUUCUGCCCAAAGAUGACCUUCCUAAUAUUCCCAAAGACGUUCACGUUUUCUUUCCCGAUGAUCGCAUCAACUGGACCCGGUGCAAUUUGGGCAUUGAUGAAUACAAGAAAUAUCAAAAAGCUUUCGAGUGCGGUAAUCUAACUGUUCCUCUCGACUAUACCGACAAAUCCAGCAAAAACACUACGACAUUGAAUUUAAUCAAGCUCAGAGCCACCAAAACCCCGUUCAAAGGCAGCAUCAUCGUGAAUCCUGGUGGUCCCGGUGCUUCUGCACUCGACGCCGUUUUGACGCAAGGACAAGAUAUGGCAAACAUCACUGGCGGAUUCUACCAUAUAAUUGGUUUUGAUCCACGUGGUACUGGCAAGACGAUGGUUCCGCUUGGUGAUGAAGGAUUUCCGGGGCAAAUGAUCGAAGAGCUCUUCUACACCUUUCAAAAUUCGUCAUAUUUCAUCACUCAACAAUUACUUAGCGAUGCUUUGGAUUAUACACGCACUAUUACGGAAUCCUUUGUUGCGAAAGACGCGGAUCUUAGGAAGUUCCGUGGCACUGCAUUCGUCGCCAGAGAUAUAGCGGAAAUUGCCAUGGCAUUGGGUGAAGGUAACAGCAUCAACUACUGGGGUACGUCGUACGGCACGGUCCUAGGCCAGGUUCUGGCUAGUAUGUUUCCUGACCGUAUUGAACGCAUGCUUCUCGAUAGCAAUCUGCUCGCCGACGACUAUGUCAAUAACCUCGCGCUCAACAGUACCAAGGAUGCCGAGAAGGCCUUGUAUCAUUUCUACGACGAGUGCAUGGCAGCCAAAAAUGAUUCAUGUCUCUCAGCUAACAAGCUUCCCAAAGGACCAGAUGACUUCCUCAAGGUCCUCAAUCAUGUCUUCAUGGUCUGCACAGGACUGAUUGAUACAGCUUUGGAGGGCAAUCGUUCGAUGUGCUCCCAGGAAAUUGGUGACUGGGCAUCUCCAUGGAACCCUCAAUCCGAUCUUGCCCAUCUAGCGAUCUGGUGCAGUGACGCAAACGUUCGUGCUGAAACUAUUGAGGAAAUUAACUCUUUGUACGAAAGCGGUCAGGCUAAUAAUAACCCUUUUUUCACCCCGACCCUGCUUCAACGCUCGGCGUGUUUUCAAUGGAACACACACGCAGCUGAGCCGAUAAAUCUUACAAGCCUUGAAAGAGUCGAAACAAAGAACCCAAUCCUUCUCGUCAACGGUGAAUACGAUCCGGUGACUCCUUUGGAUCAUGCCUGGAAGAUAUCUGCCCGGUUUCCUGGAAGCCGGGUUGUUGUUCACGAAGGUGUUGGUCAUUGCUUCCGCGCCCAUCCUUCCAGUUGCACUCGAGAAAUUGUAGCCAGAUAUUUCAUCGAUGGAAAGUUGCCCCCAGCAGAGGCCACCUGCAAGCCGGACGUUGAUGCCUUUGAGAUUGUUGAGAUUAUACGUGAGGAAAGGGCAAAGGACGCCGGAAAUCAUAAGAUUCCGGUUUUCCUGUGGGUAGUGCUCGGUUUCUUGGGUUUUAUCUGCAUUACCUAUUGGAUGUUUCUGCGAAAAGAAAAGCUGGCUGGUUGCUACUCGCGGCUCAACUCAGAUGUUUUUUGAUGAUCUAUAACUGGGGAUACCGGUGCUGACAAGAAGCGAUUGAGAGCCCAAAUUAAUGCUUAUUUCUAUAUUGUCUCCGCUGCGGUGCCUUAGCCUACCAGCCAUGAACAAGCCUAAAUAGCUAUCAGCUGUCCUUAUUAAUGCUCCUCCAAUAUGAAGUUGAGGAUCGUAUCUCAGCUAUUGUAGGGUAGGCAGGAGGUAGCUCUAACUUAGCGUAGUUGAUAGAUCAGCAUCGCCAGAUUCUAG